GGAUCUCUCUCUCCCCCAAAAUCUCUCUUGCGCGCGCAAAGCCGUAGAUUCCGCUUUCGCGCCAAAAAAGGAGAAACCCUAGUCGUCAGGCUUCGCGUCUCCGCCGCCAUCCCCAUGCCGCCGCCGGUUCCGCCUCCGCCGUCCGUGGAGCGGCAGGUGGCGGAGAUCGCGGCCGAGCCCGACCGCGCCACCGCGUACGCGCGCCUCCUCCACCUGCAGCGCGCGUGCGCCGACGACCCCUCCGCCGCCGCCGACCUCGCCGCGGCCUCACCCUCCGCACUCCUCCCGCUCCUCCUCCGCGACGCCGCUGACCAUGACGAGGCCGUCGCUGCCUCCGCCCUCAAGUGCCUUGGCUUCGCGCUCUACCACCCCGUCCUCGUUUCCACGAUCCCAGGACAGAUGGCUCAGUUGGUAUUGACUACUUUGGUUCAGCUGAUCAUGACUACUAGGAUGAAGGCUAUCUGUAAUCUUGGGGUCUGGUGCAUUUCUAUUCAACAAUUGGAUCCUUUGAUUAUAGAGGAUAGAGCAACUCCCUUGCUGACUGCUAUUGUUUAUGCCAUUGACAAUCCAUUUGGUUCUUUGUCCACGACAUUCGAGGCUGCUCAGGCUACCAUGAAACUUGCUAGUCAAAUUCCAAAAGGGAUGUGGGAUCUGUCAAGCAUAUGGGUUCCGACAAUAUACCGAAGACUCUUAAGUGCUGAUAAGACGGAAAGGGACAUGGCUGAAAGAUGCCUUGUUAAAGUGUCAUCUGUUGUUUUACCUCCUCACUCUCUUCUUUGUAAGGAAGUAGCUUCAGACCUUGAGCAAAAUCUACUCUCUUGUAUGAUUAAUAUGCUUGAUGACCAUUCAAAGAAAAUUCAAGCAGUGAAGUCAUGGGGAUGGUUCAUAUCCUUACUUGGCGCAAGUGUAGUGAGCACUAAAUCUCUGCUUAACAAAAUCCUUAAAGUUCCUGAGCAAUUGUUCACUGAUCCCGAUCCACAAGUUCAGAUUGCCACAAUGGUUGCCUGGAGAAAUUUGGUGGAUGCAUUUUUUGUGCCACAGGCUUCAGAAAAUAUGGUUCAAGGGACAGUAAUUUCUCCUAUUGAACCCAGGGCACAUGCAAGUUCGUGGCUGAAAAGGAUAAGGUUAAUUAUGAUGCCUCUAUGUGGAGUUCUGUCAAGAAGUCAUAAUAUUGCUUUAAGUUUCUCCUGCUUGAGCACAUGGCACUACCUUCUGUAUAAACUUGGUGAUUUGAUUAACCAUUUAUCCAUACUGGAGGCUGCUUUUGGGCCAGUACUGAAGAUAAUUUUCUCCAUUGGACUUGAUAACCAGAACAAGACACUCUGGUCAUUUUGCAUCAAUCUGUUUCAUGAUUUUAUUUCAGUAAGAGUUAGGCAUAUGUCCUCACCUCAAGGGUAUUUGUGUGUUCCACCCAAUCAGAAUUUGCUACCCCAAACUUGUAUGCAUCUCAAGGCCUUGUUGGAUGUUCAUCACAUCGAAUGGUUACCAUGGGAUAUUGCUACCUUUGAUUUUCAGUUGGAGAUCCUUGGCUCAAUUGUGAAUCCAGAACUACUGCAGAAUAUGACUGUGGAAGUGACAGCUACAAUCAUGGACUCUGCUACACAAAUUUUCACGUUGCUUCUACAGGGAGUCCGAGUUGAGUGUGAAUCAAAGGUUGCUCAUGACAAUGCCAAGAUAUGCAUUACUAAAGUAUGCAAGUUUGUAAAGAAGGUGUUUCUGGAUCUUCUGGGGAAGCAAAAGAGUAACGGUUCUGCAGUGUUAGUGCAAUUUGGUCUUCAGUUUGUGAAAUGUUGUGUAGACGAACUGGGUCAUUCUCUGUUGGCUUCUGGAAAGUAUGAACUAUGCUUAGACAUCGAACACAUAAAAGAGAUGCAAUAUGCAGAAUGCAGCCCAAAGUUAUUUUAUCCAAUGGUCAGGCCACUUUCUUACAUGGAGAUGGUUUCUCCAGUAGUUUACUUGACUGCACUAUCUGUGUCAAUUGUAGCUCAGUUUACUGGAGAGUUGUCAGAUGGACAUGCCGAGCAAUUGGCUUUAAUUUUCAGUUCAUCAGAUUUCUCGGAGAAUUUUCGUGCUGCUGUUGCUUUUCUGUAUAUGCAGAUCAUGCGUCCGGUAGAUAGUCGGCUAAGAAUUAAGUGGUUGAUGGUGUGGAACAAAGUUGCAAAGCGCUUGAAUGAGCAAAUUAUCUUUUACCUGAAACUUAGUUGUGGUGCAAGUGGCGAUGAUGUACUCUAUCAGUUUCUCUGUUAUCCUUUUUUGGCUCUCCUAUCCCCUGGUAGGAUGUCAACUCUUCGGAAUGCUGGAAACAGUUCUGAGGAAUGCCUUCCUGUGACACAAGACUUAGAGGUGGAACUGGUUAUUGAGGUUUAUAGAUCCCUGUGCACACCCAAUAAUGGUUCAGAUGCUGCUUACAUGGCUUUCCUAGAGCACUUGUUUGAAUAUUUAGUCAGCAUGAUUGAUGAAAACAUGUCUGUGGUCCAAGCCAAUCUGGAGUAUUGCUCUGAGAAGUUUAAAAACAUCACUAUCCUUUCUGUUCUUGCUAAACUAGUUAUUGAACUACUAGUGAAUGCCCGAAUUUUGAACUAUGCUAGCCAAGGGUCAAAAGUAACAAGUGAGGAGUCCGCUGAAGGCACAAGAUCUAACCUUUUAUUGAGUUACUUGAAGCUUGCUAACAGGUUUAUGCGGCUGUCAGGUCUUGCUUUGAAAGCAAAUCCAGCUUCACAACACCAAGUCACAAGCAGGUUUUUUUCAUCUUUAUCUACUUUCGUUGGGCAUCUUAUAUGGGCGAAAGACAUUCUUUUACUCUUUGAGAUUAUCGGGGAUCAAUUUACUGAAUGGCUCACUUUAUCUAGCACAUUGUACUGUGUAAUGCAACGAGGAGAAACCAUUGAUCAGCUUGAGAAACUCUGGCUAAACAUUAUCAGGUGCCUGACGACAAGCGGGCUGAUCAGUGACUGCUCCUUUCUUCAGAAGCAUCAACCGCUUCUCCAAGCGGCGGCUAACCAUCCAAACAAACCCAUUUCAGCUGCAGCCAUGGCAAUCCAGAGGGAAUCAGGAUCUGGCAGCGCAAGCGCUGGAUGCAGUGCAGUGUCCACUAUGGACAGGCUGUCUCAGGAGAAGUCAAAUAAGGAUCUUAACCGCAACAUCGAAGCCGACAGGGUCUUUGUGCUUGAGGAACUCAAUGCUUCAAGGAUGUUUGCGUCGCCGAUGUUGUCGGAUAGAGGAAACGCAGCUGACGGCGCCAAGAGGAAUGGUGAAUUGCUCAGGAUCUCUGCCGGUUUGGGGAGGAAGAGGCUGAAGAUCACGAAGUAUUCAGGCAAGGCAAAGGGACUUAGCAAAGCUACCGGUUCUUCCUCGCCGCACUGGGUGGAAACUCAAAUGUGCAGGAAACCAGAACUGAUACUAGAAUUGCUCAAGAGUAAGAGAUAGUUGCUUGAACUCAUCGCCAUGUAGAUGCUCUUGUAAGAGACCUUGAUGCAGCGAGAAAUGGCUGGCUGUACCAAAUUACUCCCUCUGUUUUGCUGAGAUGCGCCUAAAACUGAUGAUUAUUUGGUGGAGAGCAUGGCACAUGAGGAAUGCCAUCAUUUUUGAAAACGGAAGAUGCAGAAUUGGCGACUUGAUCAACAAAACUGGGCCUCCUAUACCUCUGUCAGAUGUGGAAGGCAAGUUAAUUGCCGAAGGAAGCCAUAGCCCUCAACAGUAGACACCAACAAAGAAAAGAUAGGAACCGCCGGAUGCCAAUUAAUCAGGGUUUUUUCCGUCUUCCUCGUUUUUAUUUUGUUGAUGCCAGUUUCAUCCAUGUCACUGGCGCUGCUGCCUGGGGAGCGCGUGAUUCAAAGGGUGCCGUUCUUCUCACAGUGUGGGGUGUGAUCGUUACCUGCCCGGGUGCUGAUCAUGCUGAAGCUAUUGCCGUUUGAGAAGGAACCAAGCGGGUGACAGAUCAUUUUGAUGCUAAGCUACUCAUACAGACUGACGGCUUGCCAGUUUUUCAAGCCUGGGAGAGGAAACCACCAGAUCGCUCUCAUAUCAGCACAAACAUCCGCGACCUGCAGGUGAUCGUUCAUGACCGACCCAAGUACAACGUCGUUGAAGUCGAUAGGGAGGCAAACAAAGCUGCUCAUGGGAUAGCUUGUUGGGGGUAGAGAGGAGCUGUGCAGUGGUGUUAUGAUGGGAACAUGACCAGAGUUACUGCUAGAACUUGCUCAUCUUGAUACAAAAGUAUAUUUUUUUGGUCUUUUAAUUGGCAUCGAAGUUUAGAAAUGGUCCUCGAACUCGAAAUCAUAUACUCCAGUUAAAAAACCUGGAUACUUUUGGUCCCUGUUCUUGAUUUGAA